AUGCACGUAGGGCAAAGGCUCCAAGACCAGGCGGCCUCCGGUCGACCUGGAAUCUCCUUCGAAUACUUCCCGCCGAAGACCGCUCAGGGUGUCCAGAACUUAUACGAUCGUAUGGAUCGCAUGCAUGACCUAGGUCCAGCUUUUAUUGAUGUCACCUGGGGCGCUGGUGGUAGCCGAUCUGAUCUGACCUGUGAAAUGGUGCGAAUUGCGCAGACAGUCUUCGGCUUGGAGACUGUCAUGCACUUGACUUGCACUGAUAUGCCCCGUGAGAAAGUCGACGCUGCGUUGGAGGCUGCUUAUAAUGCCGGUUGCACGAAUAUCCUCGCCCUGCGGGGUGACCCGCCCCGCGAACAUGAGAAGUGGGAAGCUGCAGAGGGCGGUUUCCGAUAUGCCAAGGACCUGGUCAAAUAUAUUAGGGAGAAAUACGGCAAUCACUUUGAUAUUGGCGUCGGGGGAUAUCCCGAGGGUGCUGAUGACAACCCCGACGUCGACCUACUAAUUGAUCAUCUUAAGGAGAAGGUCGAUGCCGGAAGCUCAUUCAUUGUGACUCAGAUGUUUUAUGACGUGGACAACUUCCUGGACUGGGUACAAAAGUGUCGCGCUAAGGGGGUCAAUGUUCCCAUCAUUCCAGGAAUUAUGCCUAUCUCAACAUAUGACGCUUUCAUCCGCCGCUCAAAGUGGACGAAAAUCCGCGUGCCUCCACAGUGGCUAGAAGAGCUCGAGCCGGUCAAGGCCGAUGAUGCCAGAGUCCGAGAACUUGGCACGAAGUUUGUGUCGGAACUGUGUCGUAAACUGUUAAAGUCUGGCGAAAUCCACCACCUACACUUUUAUACUAUGAACCUUGCGCAAGCAACCCGCCUAAUUUUGGAAGAACUCAACCUUUGCCCAUCAGAAGCAGCUCCUCUUCACAAACCUCUGCCAUGGCGCAAGUCUCUUGGUUUGCGCCGACGCAGCGAAGAUGUCCGUCCAAUUUUCUGGCGGAAUCGAAACCACUCUUACAUUGCUCGUACAGCGGAUUGGGAUGAGUACCCCAAUGGACGCUGGACUGAUGCUCGUUCCCCCGCCUUCGGCGAGUUGAAUGCUUACGGCGUGAGAUUAAAAGGUACCAGCCAGCAGAACGUUAAGCUCUGGGGCACACCCAAGUCUCUGAAGGACCUAGCCGACAUCUUUGUCAACUAUCUCAACGGAAAGUUGGAGAGACUACCAUGGAGUGAUACUUCCGUUACCUCCGAGACCAGCGGUAUCGAGACCGAGCUCAUUGAACUUAACAAGCGCGGUUUCCUCACCAUCAACUCCCAACCAGCCGUCAAUGGCGUCAAGUCGACCGACCCGGUUCACGGUUGGGGUCCACGCAAUGGAUACGUCUACCAAAAGGCAUAUCUGGAACUGUUCAUUCCUCCAGAGCACGUAGACGAGCUUCUACGCCGCAUCGAGAAGAACCCAGAUCUGACAUACUAUUGCGUCAACAAGACCGGCGAACUGAAGGCGAGAAGCGAUGACGGACCUAAUGCCGUUACCUGGGGUAUCUUUGCUUCGAAGGAAAUCAUUCAGCCUACCAUUGUCGAGAGCGUGAGCUUCAUGGCCUGGAAGGACGAGGCUUACCAACUCGGUGACGAUUGGGCGAAAUGUCAUCCUGCGGAUAGCCCCAGUCGCAAACUUAUCCAGCGUAUGAUGGACGAAUGGUAUAUCUUAAAUAUCGUCAACAACGACUUUCAUAAGAAAGACGACAUCUUCCGCCUCUUCGAUGGCCUUGUCAUCAAAGACCUCGCAACCGAAACUCCAGCGGACAGCACCACCGACUAA